UGAUCGCGCAAGGGCAAGGAGCCGCAGCCUCGGCCAUCUCUCCUCUCUGCCCUCUUCUUUGCUGUACUCAUUCUCGCUGCAUCUUGAGGCUGUAUUUUACGGAACAUGGCUCUUGUUGGACUCGACGUUGGCGGCUCGCUCACCAAAGUGCUGGUGCGUGCAAAUGAGCCGAAUGAUGACACGUUAUACGAUAACAGCGCAUUGGUGCAGUUUGUUAUCAAGUACACCGCAGCUGGUGCCCGAGUCCCUGCUGGCUGGCAUGCCCAGAAGUCCCCAGAGUAUCACCUGCUGCAGUUCCCUACUGCCGAGCUCGAGGAAACCGUCGGCCAGAUAACGCUGGCGGCGGAUGCACAAUCAGACGCCGCCAAUCUCCCUGCUCUCCCUGUAGCAGCAACAGGCGGCGGGGCAUUAAAGUACAAACACCUACUGGAGUCAAAGCUCCGGGUGGCAAUCACAUUCGUCCACGAGCUGGCAGCGCUAUCAGCGGGCUGGAGACACCUCCACGCCGACAAAGAUGCGCUGCCGGCAUUGGUGACAAAUGUCGGCACCGGCGUGUCGCUAAUCCGUAUUGAUAAGCACGAGUUCGAGCGCGUCACGGGCAGCGGGCUGGGUGGAGCAACUUUCUGGGCGCUCUGCCGGCGUCUGACAAAAUACGAGCGAUUUUCAGACAUUCUGGACGGGCUUGUCCUGGGCAAUCCAGGGAACGUCGAUACGCUGGUGGGCGACAUCUACGGCGCCGAAGCCAGCAAGGAGAUUGGCAUGCCGGCCGACCUCGUUGCGGGCUUCCUGGGCAAGCUCGCUGAGGACAGCAAGGACGCGGAUGUUGCUGCUGCCUUGCUGCGUCUGAUGGCCAGCAAUCUCGGCCAGAUUGCCGUUUUCCAGGCCCGCAGCCUCGGGCUCAAGCGGGUGUGGUUUGUCGGCGGGUUCGUCCAGCACUCGGUGGUGCAGAAGGCUGUGGAGCAGGCCGUGUCGUUUUGGGCUCAGGGAACAAUCGAGACGCGGUUCGGUGGCCAGGAGACGGCGCUGGGCGCGCUGGGUGCGCUCUUGGCCCGCUGAGCGACGCAGGCGGCGAACCAGAAGCAGCUGGGACUAUUCACUUGCUCCUCCAAUGCCGCCAUGCAGCCUGGCUUUUUCCUGGAGUAAAAACGCCAGACCUAUUCUCCCAUUGGCGAAAAAACGCCUGCGUCCUGGUCAGACCCCCACCGAGCAACAAGCGAUGCCGGGACAAUGUGAACGCAUGCAGACGGGCA